AGAGAGAAGUAGGAGGAGUCAUGCUUUCCCUGUUAAGUCUCUCUGAGCACAUGCUUUUGAAUGUUCGCCCACUGGGAUAAAGGACCCCUACUUCACACAGCUUGCGCCUGCCUGCUUUUAUUACCAUCAGGUGAAUUAAUUUCAUGAAAAAGAGAGAGAGACAGGGAGAGAGAGAGACAGAGAGUGAACUGAGGAGCUGGUAUUUAAAGAGCGAGACAAACAGAUCUCAAACUCACACACUGAAGGCUGAAGAAACUUGUCAGAAUGUACUAAAACAGGAGAAUCAGAUAAACUUUAAAAAUCAGUUGUCUUUCGGAGGUGUGAACAUCAGUGCCUUCAUCAUGUCGCUGUUCACGCACGUGUUGGCCUGCCUCUUUGGCAUUGGCUCAUGGGUGGCCAUCAACGGGAUGUGGGUGGAGCUUCCUCUGAUCGUCCCUGACAUCCCAGAGGGCUGGUUUCUGCCCUCCUACCUCACCAUCAUCAUCCAGAUGGCCAACAUCGGGCCUCUGUUCAUCACGCUCAUGCACCGCUUCAGACCGGGCAUGCUGGACGAGCGGCCUGUUAUCUACACCAUAGUGGUGGUCGGCGUGGUGGCCACCUUCCUCCUGGCCUUCCUCUGGAAGCACACACUUACUUUUGGAGAUGGAGAACACAGCGCUGCGUUACUGUCACUCAGUUUUCUGCUGUCUGUGGUGGACUGCACAUCGUCCGUCACCUUCCUGCCCUUUAUGAUGCGUCUGCAGCCUCAGUAUCUCACCACUUAUUUCAUCGGAGAAGGUCUCAGCGGUUUGGUUCCAGCAUUGGUGGCUCUCGUCCAAGGUGUUGGAGUGGUGCACUGUAAAAAUGCAAGUGCGAAUGCAAACUUUAGCUCAGGGAACAUAUCCCAGAGCUUACUAGAGACACACUAUCAGCCAGCCAACUUUUCAACUCAAGGUUUCUUCUUAUUCCUCAGUGCGAUGAUGACGGUGUGUCUGGGGGCUUUUUUGUUACUCAACCUGCAUCCAGCUGUGGCGCGGGAACACAAGAGCACGAAAGGUUAUAUUGACAAUUCCCGGCGGGUGGAGAAGAUUGAUUUAAGUCAAUCAACAAACAAUGAAACUCCAGAACAGAGGCCCAUGCUAGAUUUCCCAGAGGGGUCGGUGAUAAAACAGCGUAGCUCAUUUGGGAAAGGAACCUACAGCAGAACAGAGCUGGUCUUUAUUUUUGUAGUUCUAGCCUGGGUAAAUGCGUUGACCAAUGCAGUUCUGCCUUCCGUCCAAUCUUACUCCUGCUUGCCAUAUGGAAAUCAGGCCUAUCAUCUUGCAGCCACCUUGUCCUCAGUUGCCAAUCCAGUGGCUUGCUUCAUUGCCAUGUUUGUACCAAUCAGGUCUCUGAUGCUGAUGGGUGUUCUGACAGUAACAGGAACAGGGUUUGGAGCGUAUAUAAUGGCCAUGGCAGCACUAAGUCCUUGUCCUUUGCUUAUCAAUGAUGACCUCGGAGCAGCACUCAUUGUCAUAACCUGGGUCAUAUUUGUCCUCUCUCUGUCCUAUGUGAAGGUGAUUAUUGGUGUGAUCCUGCGAGAUGAAGGCCACAGCGCCCUCGUAUGGUGUGGAGCUGUGGUGCAGCUGGGCUCUAUGUUAGGUGCCCUGUCGAUGUUCCCUUUGGUUAGCGUUUAUAGACUCUUUCAAUCAAGAGAUCCCUGUAAUACCAAGUGCCCUUAAUUAAAGCACGUAUUAUUCUGAUUGAUUCAGAGUAUGGUGAACUCACUGUAUUUCCAUUAUACUUUUUUUAUUUUUGUCCUAAUUACAACUACUGUUUCGUUCCAAACAUGUCUCCUUUUGGUUGUCAUAUAGUUCAUAGUACUGUUACUUCUUGAUAAAAUAAGCUUACUCUGCUGUAAUAUUUGCCAGCUUACAGUUACAGUGUAACUUAUAAAUUAUGACAUUUUGUUGUUUUUGAUUUUAUACUUGAUGCGUAGUUUUUUUUUAUAUUGUGUUUUAAAAAAAACAAAGAAUAUUUUAAGAUUUGAAGACAAAUGCACUUAAGCCUUGACAAUUC